UACCUGCACAGGGAACAUGUUGAUUUCACCGAGGAACAAAACGGGAAGUCAGGGUGGAAUAAUGAAAAAGACGAAUGCACAGACAUAUUUAGACGUACUAGAUUUAGGAGGUUCGAACAAGGCAUAAACCGUUUGGGAGAAAUACUCUGUGAUGUAAAUGCUUUAUUUAGUUGCUGCCUGUGUAUACAGUUCAGGGAAAAUAGAAACAGGGCCAAUACCAACCCAGAGUUAAGUUAAAUACAAAUUAUUCAGUCUGGUGAGAGAUGCAUUAAAGCAACAUCAACUGCCUUCUUAAUUGCAGGCGAGAGGAUUGAGUGAGAAGUCGGUGAUAAAUGGGGGAGUGAAGGAUCACGGCAUUGCAACUUUAAACGGCGAGGGAAGGGGCUGCUGCUGGGUCAGUUUCAGCGGCGGCGGGACGUCACGGUGCACGUGGUCGGCGACAGAAGCUGGAGCUGUCCGCGGUGCUGACGGCAGCAGGAGCAGCGGCGACCCGCUCCCAGAGCAGCCCCGAUUAACAGGCUCACGCUCGCCCUAGUGUCGCUCGCAGGCUCGGUCAGCGUGGCGAUUCCGUCCUCUUCCGCCCGCCCCGCCUCUCCCUUCUCUCAACAAAGCCGUUCGUUUGAAUUAAGACAAGCCGAAACAAAAAAAAAGAGAAGAGAGAACCUGACCACUUUCGACAUCCCCGAUCUUGCUUCGAGGAGUGAGUGGAGGGCUCCGUCUCAAAUACCCCGGAAAGUAGUUUGAAGAACAGCAAGAAAGAACCGAUUCCCUGGCAACCUCUGGAAUGAACAGGAGCGCGUUCUCUCGUUAUCGAUUAGAAAUGAAUGCGAUGUGUUUUCUUCUAGCUUUUCUAUUGAAGGUCCGCGGUCAAGAUUUGAAUGCCAUGAGUGGGAAAGGAACAAGUCAUGCUAAUGUGGGAACUGGACAUAGCACCAUAGCCACCACCACCGAACCAGAAGAUGGAUUUCACUUUGUUAGUACAACACUCAAUAUCAACAUCAACAACCAUCACCCACUGUUGGAAGAGGUCAUUCAUGAAUCUCUGCUGAAGAAGAAUUUUCUUGGACAGGAACGUAUCUUUAACAGAGGAAUGACACUUGGGACUACUAUGCCUGCUUCCCGAUCCCAGAAUCCUCAGCAUCCUCUGGUAAAUCAGAUGGCCUCUGAUGAUACUCCUGAUUUUUCUGACAUCACCACGACAACCACCAUGGCCUCAACUUCACCAAUGACAAUGCUGGGUAACAACGCUGCUCUGGUAACAAGUCCUGCUCCCUUGACUGACAAGAUUGUUGACGUCAUUGCAGGGAAAACUCCAGCAAUGGUGCUGAGAGCUGCCACCACAGACUCUCUAACAACAGCCAUGGUUAAGACGGCUGCAAAUGAGAUGGAGGAAACUGCAUCUCAAAAAAGUAACACUCCAUUCAUUCGAGCCGAGCCUGCCAGCUUCUCUGUUACAACAGUAUCCCCUCAGAACAAGUUGAAUACCUCUCAGCACAGCAACGACCAAGGGGGAGCCACUAUGGUAACCAAUGACACUCCAACAGCCAUGGCUGUAACAACUCCAGGAACACAUCAAGUGCAAGGGCCCAGCACCCAACAAACUGAUAGUCCUGCGCCAGACAUGACUGUCACAUCAGCUGCUAAUGAGGCUGACGAGGAAACCACGAUGACAACCAUCAUCACAACAACCAUUAUUACAACUGUGCAAACACCAGUUCCUUGCAGUUUAAAUUUCACAGACUUUGAGGGUUAUGUGGAAUCUCCAGAAUACCCAAGUCAUCUGUUCUAUAGCAGCUUGGAUUGCAUCUAUACCAUUAGAGUCUACACCGGAUAUGGAGUGGAACUUCAGGUGAAAAACAUCAGUUUGUCUGAAGGAGAGAUGCUGACAAUUGAAGGACUCGACGGAGAUGAACCAACUGUUCUUGCCAAUGAGUCGAUUUUAAUGAAGGGGCAGGUGAUUCGUAGCCUAAGCAAUCAACUUUCUAUCCAUUUCCAAAGCAUUCAACUUCGAAAACCAGGCUCAUUCCAAUUCCAUUAUCAAGCUUACCUGCUGAGCUGUGGAUUUCCCCAGAAACCUUCUUCCGGGGACGUGUCCGUCACCAGCCUCCAUCCUGGCGGAGUGGCACAUUUCUACUGCAAUUCUGGAUACCGGCUGCAAGGAUUAUCUUCCCUCACCUGCGUUAAUGGCAGCAAGCCUCAGUGGAGUGACGCAGAGCCCCAGUGCCUCGCUACCUGUGGUGGAUUAAUUAGAAACGCAACCGUGGGCCGCAUUAUCUCGCCCAACUUUCCGGGUAACUACAGCAACAAUUUAACGUGUUAUUGGCUUAUCGAGGCUCCUGAAGGACAGAAGCUCCACCUACACUUUGAAAAGGUUGCAUUGGCUGAAGAUGAUGACAGACUUAUUAUUAGAAAUGGAAACAAUAUUGAUGCUCCAACGGUUUAUGAUUCCUAUGAAGUGGAAUAUCUGCCAAUUGAAGGUAUUGUCAGUGAAUCUGAACACUUCUUCAUUGAACUGACUACAGACAGCUCUGGUACAUCUACUGGACUGGCUUUAAGAUAUGAAGCCUUUGAACAGGGACAUUGUUAUGAACCCUUCAUUAAGUACGGAAACUUCACAACGGGUGAUACAACGUACCAGGUCGGAACUGUGGCUGAGUUUUCCUGUGACCCUGGAUAUACCCUGGAACAGGGGUCAGUGAUCAUUGAGUGCGUGGAUAUCCGGGACCCACAGUGGAAUGAGACUGAGCCAGCCUGCAGAGCGGUCUGCAGUGGGGAGAUUACAGACUCCUCUGGAGUCGUGCUAUCUCCCAAUUGGCCAGAAGCCUACGACAAGGGUCAGGACUGCAUCUGGGGGAUUCACGUGGAGGAAGACAAGCGGAUCAUGCUGGACCUCCAAGUGUUAAAUAUGGGAAAGAACGAUGUUCUCACAUUUUAUGACGGGGAUGACCUCACAGCAAGAAUAAUGGGUCAAUACUCGGGGACCCACCAUCCCUUCAAGCUCUACACAACCAUGGCAGACGUUACCAUCCAGUUCCAAUCUGAUCCAGCAAGCAAUGUGUUUGGAUAUCAACAGGGAUUUGUCAUUCACUUUGAAGAGGUUCCCAGAAACGAUACCUGCCCAGAAGUGCCAGAAAUUCUUAACGGCUGGAAAACGACUUCCCAUCCUGAAUUAAUCCACGGGACCGUGGUGACGUACCAGUGCUACCCAGGGUAUGAACUCAUCGGGACAGACAUCCUCAUGUGCCAGUGGGAUUUGUCGUGGAGCGGGGAUCCUCCGAGAUGUGAGAAGAUUAUAUUCUGCACUGACCCCAGUGUCAUCGAUCAUAGUCGCAGAAUUGUUUCCGACCCGAAGUUUUCCAUUGGUUCCACGGUCCAAUACAUUUGUAAUAAAGGGUACGCCCUGGCCGGGAGCAGCAUACUGACGUGCUACAACAGGCGAUCUGCGAACCCAAAGUGGAGUGACAGGGUGCCAAAGUGUAUCCCUGAGGUAUUUGAACCUUGUCACAAUCCUGGGGAGCCAGACAAUGGUUACCAGACCGCGAGGAGGAGGCUGUACCAAGCGGGUGAGAUCUUGAGGUUUGCCUGUUACGAUGGGUAUGAGCUCGUAGGGGAAGCUAACGUCAAAUGCCUUCCUGGACACCCCUCGGGCUGGAGUAACCCACCACCUUUCUGCAAAGUUACUUAUGAUGAGUACUUCAAUGAACGAAGACUUGAAGUGUCCAAGGCAGCGGCAUCUGUGAACCAGAUGGAAGCAAGUAAUAUUGCCGUUGCGGUGUUUAUCCCCAUGAUUGUCGUGGCUCUGAUCAUUUGUGGAAUCUAUUUCUACUUCACAAAGUUCCAGGGAAAGUCCACCUUCAGGCUGCCGCUGGCUGGCCCUCAUCCCUACAAUCACAUCACUGUGGAAUCAGCCUUCGACAAUCCAAUCUAUGAGACUGGAGAGGCACGGGAAUAUGAGGUUUCAAUUUAAAGAUGGACGUUUCUCGCUACAGAAAAGCCCCUUGCCUUCUAGACACUUUCUCAUCACUUCUUGUCCUUCUGUCCCUCACCAAUGUUUGAAAUCAGCUUUGCUUUCUGAAACCUAUUAUUGAACACAACCUUUCCGAAGCCUAGUUUUGAGAACAAUUUUUCUCUCCAACAAAGAAUAAAGACUAAACGCACUUGCGUCUGUCAAUCUGCUUGUCCAGUGAGUUCAAGUUAAGUAAUAGGUGUAUUUGUACAUUUUUGUGUGCAUUGUAGACACAGCACAUAAUAAUUGUUCUUCAGUGUUAAAGAAUGCCAUUCUAGUAGAUAAGAUCAAUCUAAAUUAUGAAGCUUUUACUAUGUAUUUAUUCACUUGUUUUAAAAUGUAAACUGUUUUAAGAAUGUAAAAUGGUGGUAUUGAUGCAUUUUUAUCUUUCUUCCCAUGGUGCAUUGCAAGACAUGUACCUGAGGGACGAAAAUAGGAACAGCCAGGGGAAAUAAAACUUUUUCUCUUUUCUCAGUAGAAUCUGUGUUGGUGAAUAAAACCAUUAUAAUAGAUAAAGUUUUGGAACAACAUUCAAAAACUCAGCAUCAUUUGGUGGCCCACUAAUUCUUAUUGUUAAAAUGCUCCAAUUUCCCUAUUACCACAGAGCUGACAUAUAUAGAAACACUCAAAUAAUACUGAAAGCCAUUAAAAUACAUUAUUGUCUUCCUAUUGAACCUGCAUUAAGGAAGAGGACGAUGCUUUGUUCAGAUAUAUUGCAUGAAUAUGUUUCAAAAUAAUGUUAGUUAUCACAAACCUAAUGUCAUCCAAUUACAGUGUACUUAGUUAUACAACUAUUGUUUACAGAUUAUGAUGUGCAUCUUAUCCCAACAAUAUAUUCCACUCACAAACACUUUUAUCACAUAUAUCACAUCUAUCACUUUUGCUUAUUAGUCCGUGAGUUUGACUGUGUAUUUUCUUUAUCUAUAUUCUCUUUUUUUCAUCUCUUCUCUUGCCAAUUACCCUUGUAUCUCUUUGGGUCUUGUAGCUUAUCUGUAGAAACAAAACUAUGCCAUCUUGGUACAGAGUGUAAUGGGAUCCCUCUACCCAGUUACCUUUUCUUCCUUUCCCUUCACUGAAACUGAACCAUCACCAGCCUGCAACAUUACCUGUCCUCAAUCCACCCGAGCCAAUCAAGUGUGAGCUAAUUUAUAGUCAACCAUCAUGUCAAUCAUCUGUCCAUUAAGACUCCUUCCCAAGUAGAAAUAGUAGUCAUAGAACAGUACAGCACAGAGCAGACCCUUCAGCCCACCUAGACCAUGCUGAAUUGUUAAUAUGCCUAGUCCCAUUGACCAGCUCCCAGACCACAACUCUACAUACCCCUCUCUUCCAUGUGCCUACCCAAAUUUCUCUUGAGUGUUAAAAUCAAACCCAUGUCCACCACUUCCGCUGGAAGGUCGUUCUACACUCUCACCACCCUCCGAGUGAAGAAAUUCCCCCUCAUGUUCCCCUUAAACAUUUCAUUUUUCGCCCUUUACCCAUGACCUCUAAAUCUAGUCUCGCCCAACCUCAGUGAAUAAAACCCUACUUGCAUUUACCCUAUCUAUACCCAUCAUAAAAUGUUUGCGAUCCCACCACACUUAUCACCAUCUCACGUCCCACACCCGAAGAACACUGAAAGGGAAAAAACCAGAUCAAUGGUUUUAUCCAACCAUUCCCGUGAGCAACAUACUUCGACAUAAAUAGAAUUAAAACGCAAUGAGCCAGCUCUCCGUCAUGCAAAUAAAUUGUAUGGGUUAAGCCACCAAAACACACACAAACACUGCAGACAUGUCUUCUUUUUAUAAAAGAGUAUCAUUGGUGCAAUAAACAAUUUUUGCUGAAAAUAUAUGAUGUGCCUCUUAUACAACCGCGGUCAUGAUUUGAUGGACUGUAUUCCACUCAUAACAGGCAUUUGCUCAUUUUACAAAACAACGAUGUUUCUUAUUUCCUAGUGCCUAUUUGACUACAAGCUUGAGAAAAUGAAUAUAGUAAUUACAAGCUUUAAUAGGCUGAGUGACUUCUUUGGAAUAACAAAAUGUAAACCAGUAACAAUUUGCAAUUUACAAGAAAGAGAGCUAACAUUUAAAUGGCAUGAACUAGAUAUUCUGUUAUAAGUAAUUGAAAGCUUCCCCUUCAUAAAUAUUAUGGGACUGUUCUAAAAAAAUAU